AUGAGGAAAAGACGCUCCAACAUCCUCAUGAAGGUCACAGCAAGAUGUUCUGACCAUCAAGAAGCUCACUGCUUAAUUCCUGGCAUAUUCCAAGAUGUUUCCCAUUACAAGAAGCAUGUGGCUGCGUCUGGUAUACGGGGCUCCCAUCACAUGAAGCACGUGGCUGAGUCUGGUAUAUGGGGUUCCCAUCAUGGGAAGCACCAGGCUGCAUCUGGUAUACGGGUUCCCAUUACAGGAAGCAUGUGUCUGUGUCUGGCUGCAGACGGUAUACGGGGUUCUCAUCACGGAAAGCACGUGGCUGCAUCUGGUAUACCAGGUUCCCAUCACAGGAAGAAUGUGCCUGUGUCUGGUAUACGGGGUUCCCAACACAGGAAGCACGUGGCUGCAUCUGAUAUAUGGGGUUCCUACUGCAUGAAGCACGUGCCUGCGUCUAGUAUACCGGGUUCCCAUCACAGGAAGCAUGUGGCUGCAUCUGGCUGGGUCUGGUAUCUGGGGUUCCCAUCAUGGGAAGCACAUGCCUGCAUCUGGUAUACUGGUUUCAUUUAUUUUCCUGCCCUUAUUCUGUACCUGAACCCAUCAUCUAUUUCUUACGAAUUUUUAUUUUCAUCAAUAUGUACACUUCUAUCAACUUCCUAA